UUCAAAGCUCCCCCCAAUGGAGUUUCAGAAGUUUCAUGUGACGAGCGGAGUCGGAUGUGUGCUAGUGUACCAUAGCGUAGCAGCGGCAAGAGCAACAGGAGGCGAACAGUUUGCGCUGCGGACCGGGACCGUUAGCUUUAAGUAUAGGUGGCUAAUGUGAAUCAUAUCGAAAAAGACUUUAAUUGUAUUUAUCUCUGACUCGUUUUAUUGAAAACAGUUCUACUCAUUUAUUUAAAGGGUUGUUUUUUUUCAGGAACAUGGAACGAAAUAAGCCGGAUAAAGUUCGUUGGCGCUUCGGCGUGCGCAAAGCAGUUUUCAUGUACUUUUGCUGUUUCUUUAGUCACGCCGACUCUUACAAUUUGGAUGUAGACCAUUCAAUCCCGAUCAGUGGUCCCAGUGGUUCUUUAUUUGGAUACUCAGUUUUACUUCACAAACAUCGACAGCAGACGUGGCUGUUAGUGGGAGCCCCAGUUGCAAAUUCAAGCUUUGACCAGUCGAUCAGAAACCCCGGCGCAAUUUACAAGUGCAAAAUCACAGAACGGACGGAGUGUGAGCAGAUGCAAAUAGGUAUAAGGAGUAACCAGAGCUGUGGGAAAACAUGCUUUGCCGAGAUGGACAAUCAGUGGCUGGGUGUCAGUCUGUCCCGACAGCCUAGCGAUGGACUCAUGCUGGCUUGUGGACAUCGUUGGAAAAAUGUUUUCUACUCCAAAAAGGAUAAUCAGCAUAAGUUACCACAUGGUGUGUGCUAUAAAGUGGAGGCUGAUCUGAUCCAGUCGACUCGACUGAUUCCCUGUUACAGAGAUCAUCAAAGGAAAUUUGGUGAAGACUACGGGUCCUGCCAGGCUGGAAUGUCAAAUUUUCUGACAGAGGACUUGAUUGUGAUGGGGGCUCCAGGUACCUCCUACUGGACCGGGUCGGUUUUGGUCUACAACACGUCCAGCAACAUGCUGUCUGCCUACGUGGAUGAUGGCACCACUGUGGUCUAUGGAAGCUAUCUCGGGUACUCUGUGAGUGCGGGCCAGUUCAGUCACCCGGGCAACACCGAGGUGGUGGGCGGGGCCCCCCAGCAUGGGCAGACUGGUAAAGCGUACAUAUUCCAAGUGCAGUCCACGAUUCUGAAAAUUAUCUUCGAGGCCAAGGGUCAUAAGCUUGGCUCUUACUUUGGGGCGACGGUCUGUGCGGUGGACCUGAAUUCGGAUGGCCUCUCUGACCUGCUGGUGGGGGCUCCCAUGUACAGCACCGUGCGGGAAGAGGGCCGAGUGCAUGUCUACAUAAACCAGGGAGCGGCUAAUAUGAAGGAAGAGGAAUUUCAGUUAGUCGGAAGUGACUCGUACGCUGCUCGGUUUGGAGAAACCAUAACCAAUCUGGGAGACAUUGAUGAUGACGGGUAUCCAGAUGUUGCCGUGGCAGCGCCUCAGGAGGAAGACCUGCGUGGAGCUGUUUAUAUUUACAACGGGAGGAAAAGCAGUAUCGCCCAGUCCUUCUCUCAACGAAUCACUGGAGCUGUACUGGGCAAUGCCUUUAUGAUGUUUGGCCAAUCGGUGUCUGGGGGGAUCGAUGUCGAUAGCAACGGUUACCCAGAUGUAGCGGUGGGAGCAUUGCUGUCUGACUCAGCUGUUAUACUGAGGACACGGCCAGUGGUGAUUGUGGAGGCCUUCAUGCUCCUCCCCCCCAGUGUAAAUCGAAGCGAACCGCUCUGCUCCGACUCCGGCCAGCCUGCCAUCUGCAUCAACGCCAGCCUCUGCGUCCGAGUGCGUGGGAGACGCCUAUCCGGCCACAUCGGGCUGCUGUACAACCUGACCGUGGACGUACGCCGAAAGGAGGGCUUCCCGCCACGUUUCUCCUUCACCGGGAACGGGACGUCCAACACCACAACAGGGAGAAUCAAAGCCAAACACGAGCAGCUCACCUGUGCCGCCCACCAGGUCUACAUGAGGAAGGAUGUGCGAGAUAUCUUCACCCCAAUUUACUUUGAGGCGACCUAUGAGCUGGGCGAGCACAAUGUCAUUCGGUCUAAGAACUUCCCGCCUCUGAAGCCGAUUCUGCAACAGCGAGAGGGACGGAGCAACACCGUGCUCAACAAGACAGAGUUUGCACGACACUGUGCCUGGCCCAACUGUUCGUCCAACCUGCAGCUGUCUGCUAGACUGGUUUUACCACAGACCCACAGAAACCUGUCCUACUUCGCGCUGGGGAAUGGGAAGACCAUCAUGCUCAACGUGACCCUGGUCAAUGCGGGGGAUGAUGCCUUUCUGCCUGUGAUACACCUGCGUUACCCCAGCAACCUCUACUUCAUUAAAGUGCUGAAUGCAGAGGAACGGCAUGUCACGUGCAGAGCAGCAGAGGAGGAGAACGUUCCGGUCGGGAUGGACUGCAGUGUGGGGAGUCUGUACAUGAGCAGCAUGGACAAACUGAAAAUGAGCUUCCUGAUGGAUGUGAACCACAGCAGUAACGCAGGGGACCUGAACAUGACGGUUAGCGCUCGCUGUGACAACUACGAAAAGGAAGACUUUCUCCAUGACAACUUUGCCCAGCUAACGUUACCAUUGAGACAUGGGAUUGGUCUGAAUGUUCAUGGCUUUGUCUCUCCAACGGCGUUUAUUUUUGGAGAGCACGAUGACUCUGCCUGCUAUACUGAAAGAUUCAACUAUACCUUCAAGGUUUUAAAUGCCGGCCCUAGCAGAGCUCUGGACGCAAAAGUUGAAAUUGAUAUUCCAAACUCCUUGGUACCGCAUCCUUACCGGUUACAUAACAUUGUGGAAAUACAGUCCUCCAUGGGCUGGUGCUACCCUCCCGACUCAGCCAGAGAGCCCAGCGGUGACUGCUCCGUCCCAAAACCGCGCUUCAUCGAAGACCUGGUCUUCUUCUUCUCCAAGACCCUGACCCGACGGAUGUACUGUAUGAAGGAGGACGGCGAGUGUCUGCACGUGGUGUGUAAGCUGGGAGACCUGGACAUCGGGAAGGAGGCCACCAUUCACAUGGAGGUGGAGCUGAACCCUGCGGUCCUCCAGGUGUCCCCGGGAAGGCAAGGGAUUAUGGUGAUUGAGAGCAGCGCCAUAGCAAUGCCCAGGGAAGAUCCGUAUAACCUGUACAUCCAGGAGAACCCUUUCACUACGGUUGAUCUGGAAGGCCAUUUUAACCAGAAGCCCACGAAAGGGGUGGAGGUGUUUGUGACGGCCGUGAGUCUGGGUCUCGGGGUGCUCAUCCUGGCCCUGGUGAUCUACUGCCUCUGGAUGGUGGGCUUCUUUAAGAGGGGGUAUAAGAUGAAGGAGGAGGCACAUAGGGACAGCUGGGACUACGUGCCAAAAAACGAAAGCCUUUCGUAAUGGAGUCCACCCGAAUCACACCCCCUUCCCCCGCCCCCCACGCUGGAGAGAGCCGCUAACGUCACUCUCACAGCCUCCAUGGAAAUUCAAGGGACAACAUGCCGGCCUGCUGGACCUUGACAAGCUCCCCACAGUCAGAAAAUAUGACAGCACCAGAUAUUUAUGAGAACAUUGGAUAUUCUAAUGUUUUUACGGCUACAAAGCAAGGAGAGGAACUCCUCUCUGAUGAGUCGAACUGGUUCUCUGUCAGCAGGACUACGCGCACUUUAUCUCUUGAAUCGAUGUGUUGGAUGUUCUUCAGUGCCACUUGAUGUUUUAAAUCUCAAGGUGAAUUUUAUUUGAAGAAAUACACCAGGAAGUGUUGAAAGUGCAUUCUGUAUCUAGGAAACAUUUGGUAUGUAGAUGUGAGAGCACAUAUUUGAUUGUGUCUGCUGUAAAAUAGUGCACUGCUGAUUCCCUGAUCACAAAUCUGAAUUCACUUGUGUAUACAUGUCUAUAAAUACAUUUGUGAAUAUAUUUAUGUACAGCAUAUAUAUGUGUAUUUAUAGGCAUCUAUAUAGAAGUGCAUUUUAUGUACAGGCCUUCACCUUAUUGUUUCUAUUGUUGUUUUAAUGUUUUCGUUUGGUGCCUCGUGAAAACCGAAGAGGGUUCCGGGUUGAACUGAAAACCGCACUCAGAAAGUAAAACUUGUUUGGUUUCCUGCCUGAGUCAAGUAUUUGCUUCCUGUUGCUCUGCGCAGGAUUCUUUCAGCCGAGCUUGCACCUAUGACACCAUAUCAGUGCGUUGCACGCUUUUCUUAGAGCCCCGCUGGAGCAGUUGCGGUUUUGCCGCUAACCGAGAGGUCAGGACGGUGAUGUCAGAGGUGGAAUGGCGCCAGUUGCAAAGCGAGGAUGCGGGCGGGGCCUGAGAGCAGCAGGAUGUAGCAAAUUUUCACACUCCUUCGCAGUCUCCCACGGUUCACCCCGAAAACUAGAGCAAGGCUCCGGUUUACAGGACAACAGCAGAACGAGCAAGACGAACAGCUGCAUUUACACGAAUGAUUCAGCCCGGUGAACUUUAAAUGCAUUGCAGGGAAACUUUUUUAGUAAACCACACCAUGCACUGGAUGUAUGAGCCAUUUUGGUUCCCAGACCCGCAGGUAGCCCCGCCCAGGGGGUGGAGCCAAGGCUGAAUGAUUGAUUGAUGGAUUGCUAUGCCGAGCCCUCAGCAGUCUCUGCAGAGGGGGAUUCUGAACACGCUUGCUUCCCUGCUGGUGAUAAUGUGCUGCCAUUUUAGGGUUCUGACACCUGAUGAAGAUGGUCAUCCUUUUGUUUAGUUUUUUUACAAAAAAGCACAUUCUACAUUGUGUUCAAGAAAUUGUUUUAUUUUUUGUACGUGUGUUAAAAGCUAUUAUUUCUGAAAAAUAAACUUGUGUGUAAAAAGUU